AUGGCAGCUUCUCAAUCCCAAUUAGUUUCUCUUCUUCAAAAUACGCUUGGUACACUAAUAGGGAAGCAAUCAAUGUAUAUUGAAAGCUUAUCUGAGCCUGUUAAGAAACGAAUAAAAGCUUUGAAAUAUUAUCAACAAGAACACGCGAAAUUAGAAGCAAAAGCUCAACAAGAGAUUUUGGCUAUCGAGAAAAAAUAUUCGGAACUAUAUAAACCUUUAUAUGAAAUUCGUUCAAAAAUUAUACGUGGAGAAUCUGAAAAAGAAACUAAAGAAAAAGACACUGAAGAAGAGGACGCUGAACAUAAGGAUACUGAAGAAAAAGAUACUGAAGAAAAGAAUACUAAAGAAAUGGAUAUUGAAACAGAUACUCAAGAAAAAGGAGCUGAAAAGGACAAAGAAGCUUGUAAUCCUGUUAAAGGAAUUCCUGAAUUUUGGCUUACAGCCAUGAAAAAUGUAGAAAAUAUUGAUAGUUUGAUCACUGAACGUGAUCAAGAGGCAUUAAAAUAUUUGGUUGAUAUCAGAAUGUCACAUCUUGAAGAAAAACCAGGUUUUAAAUUAGAAUUUGAAUUUGAUGAAAAGAAUCCAUACUUUACAAACAAAAUUUUAUCAAAAACUUACUAUUAUCAAGAAAAACUUGGAUAUGGUGGUGAUUAUGUUUAUGAUCAUGCUGAGGGUGAAGCAAUUGGUUGGAUAUCAGGGAAAAAUCUUACUGUAGAAACAGGAACAAAAAAACAAAAAAAUAAAAAUACAAACAAAUCUCGUAUAGUGAAAACCACAAUACCAGUAGAAUCAUUCUUUAAAUUUUUCAGUCCACCAAAAAUUGAUUAUCAUCUUGGCGAAGAAUUAAAAGAUAAACUUAUUCCUCAUGCUGUUGAUUGGUAUACUGGCAGUUGGAAAGAAUGGGAAAAAUUACCUGAAUGUAAACAACAAUAA